AAGGUUAUAUGUGAACUGUCACUUGGUGUUUACGUCAAUUUUUGUUGCGUUUUAUUUUGGGUCAUUCAGGGCAAUUGUGAACGUUUAAUCCCAUCAUGGCUGGUGAGGCGAAAAAUUAUGUAUUCAUGGAGCCUGUUCUACAAGAAAUUAAUAAAAAUUUUGUUUCGCUCCCGGAAAAUAUGAAAAAGCAAUAUAAUAUCUAUCAAGUUGUAAUUGGAUCCAUAAUUGAUAAGAUGAAAGAAACAAAUCCUUUAUUCUCAAAUCUCUAUCGAGAGUUAUUUUACGGAGGAAGUUAUUAUGACGGAUUAAAAAUAAGCAAACCAGAAGAAUACGAUCUCGAUUUACUUAUGAGUAUUCCAAAAUAUACCAAACCGGAACUUUCGCCGUCUGAUUUACACGGAUUUGUUAAACUAAAAUUAACAGAGUUGGAGAAAUUUAAACAGCAACCAGAAUAUAAAUCUUAUUAUACUGAUUUGCCUAAACUUCUUGAUGACGAAAAUUAUUUAGAUACGGAUCGCGUAAAAAAAUGGAUGCAUAGUGUAAUAACAAAAACGAUGAAUAAAUAUGAAAAACGCGGAGAUCAAUACAAAUUUAUUUGCGAAACAUCGCAAUUCGAAAAUACAACUUUUUACAUUAAGGUUGUAACGGGAGGACCCGCUUUUACUUUACAAAUUAAUAAUGAAGAUAUGAAAAUGGAUGUUGAUUUGGUUCCGUGUUUCGUUUUCGAUAAUAAUUGGCCUAUUCAUUGUAAUAUUAAACCAAAUUCAACAUCUUCCCCAACAUAUUUUAUUGUGCCAAAGAAACCUUACAAUAACCCUAAUGAUGGUUUAAUCGGCCGUUGUUGGAGAAUGUCUUUUCAAAUACAAGAAAGAGAAUUAAUUAGAAACAAACAAUCGCUUAAACCAGCUUUGAAAUUGUUAAAAAAACUUCGAGAUCAAUUAAAUCACGUUUAUAUGUCUAGUUAUUUUUUAAAAACUAUUUUUUUAUUAGAAAUUGGUAAUAAUAAACGCGACUCAACAUUUUGGACUUCGCAUGUUAGCACUACAUUCAUGGAGAUGUUGAAAGUGUAUCAUUCUUAUUUAACUCAGAAAAGAAUUCCUUACUAUUGGGACGAAACCUACAACAUGAUCGGCCACAUAAAACCUAUAAUCAUAGAAAAUUACGCCAACAAAGUGGGAAAUAUUAUUAAAAAAAUCGAUAACGGCGGUACAGAUCCGUUAAGCGUUGCUAAAUUUUUUUUGGAUCAACAAGAGAUGAAUCAUUUAACAGAAUAUUUUUCUGCUUUCAAAGAAAAAUCGCCAGAACGUGCUUUGAGUAAAUCUGAAGUAAGCGAAUUAAGUUUUCGUAAUGACUCUGAUGUUUUAAGAUCAAACUCUUCCAAAGAAAAUGAAGUCGAAACCCAACAGCAAUUAAAAGAUAUAAACGAAAAAUUAAAUGUAAUGAUUAAAUUGCAACAAUCACUAAUGACCACAAUGUGUGAUUUAAGUGAUAGGGUAAAAUGUAUUGAAAUUAAAAUAAAUUCGACUGUUUAAAAUAGAAGUUAAUUAAGUUAUUUAUAAAAGUGGCAACUAUAUUUGUAUGUUAUGACUUAUUGAAAUUACCAUUUUUUUAGAUUAACAAUAAAUUCUUCAUUGUUCUUAA